UAGUUGACUACGGUUCAGAACUAAAGAAAAAAAAAAACUAAAGUCCACGAACUCGUUUUGCUUUCUCUCGGCCACCGUAUCUUCUGAAAAAAAGAAGGGAAAAACUCAUUUCAAGAUGGCGCUGCGCACUGUUUGCGCCGCUACCUUGCGAACUGGGACAGAUUUAGGGGUCAAUAAUGCGAGGACGUUUGUCACAACAGCAUUUCUCUGCAGACGGAUACCUCCUAUGGGUCCAAUGCCAAAUGAGGUUGACGUUGAAAACCUGGAGUCAUUAGAGAAGUAUCGCAGCUACACUCGUUACUUCAAACAAGCGGAGGAAGCAAGGAACAAACCUGCAUGGUGGAAGACCUACAGGAGCUACGUGGAAAAAGCUGACCCUGAGCAUGGUGCAGAGCGAGUGGACAUUGGACUGCCAUACUAUCGACCCGGCAGGACCAAAGAAGUGAGGGAGAGGAAGCAGGUGAUGAAGGACAAUAAGAAGAACAUUGAGCUGGAGAGGGCUUCACGUUUGCGCACUUUUAAGAUCCCUCUGGAUAAAGUGCAGGAAACCUGGGAGAAGAGCAGUGGUCCAUUUCACAUAAAGAGACUUGCAGACCACUACGGAGUCUUCAGAGAUCUCUUUCCCAUGGCAUAUUUUCUACCUCAAGUCUCGCUCCGGAUAGGCUAUGGCCAGGACAACACUGGUCAAGUGCAUUAUGGGAAUCGGCUGACACCAACAGAAGCAGUGUCUGUCCCUCAAAUCAGCUUUGAUUCCGAGGAGGGCUCCCUGUGGACCCUUCUGCUCACCUGUCCAGAUGAGCAUCUUCUGGAUAAUGAGGCAGAAUACAUCCACUGGCUAGUUGGGAACAUACCAGGCGGAGCAGUGCAGGCCGGAGAGGAGCUGUGUCACUACCUGCCCCCCUUCCCUGCCAGAGGAACAGGCUUCCACCGCUACAUUUAUGUCCUCUUCAAGCAGGAGGGACACAUCAACUUCCAGGAGGAUGUCAGGCCGUCGCCAUGCCAUUCUCUGGUGGAUCGUUCAUUUAAGACAAUGGAAUUCUACAGAAAGCACCAAGACAACAUGACACCUGCCGGCUUGGCCUUCUUCCAGUGCCAGUGGGACGAAUCUGUCACCGACACCUUUCACACCACACUCAACAUGAGGGAGCCAGUGUUUGAGUUCAUCCGGCCUCCAGUGUACCACCCUCCACAGGUCAAAUACCCUCAUCGACAGCCCCUACGCUACCUGGACAGAUACAGAGAUGGAAAGGAGCACACAUAUGGAAUAUAUUGAUUAUGAGACAAACACUCACAAAGUUGAGAAAACACAUUUCCUUGCAAACGUGUAGUCAUGUUUGGCAUAUAUAUGUUAGAAAAAUAAAGCCUUUUUCAACUGUG